CGAAAAGCGAAGAAAAGAAGGGUGGUCCCGCGCCUCUUCGUCGCCUAGAGGCGCGAAAUGUCUCACGGGGUGCGGGUGAUCCGCACCGACGCCAGUAGCGCGGCAGCGUCGAGCUCUUCUUUCUCGCCGCCGUCUGGGCCGGACUCUGGGCGGCUGGACAGAGGCUACGCGGGCUCCUGCUCAGCCAUGCUGAAAGUGGCCCAAAUGUUAUUCCUGCUGAUUGGAUUCAUCUGCAUAAGAUCCUCACGAUGGACAGACCACAGUACAUACACCUACUUUGAAAUUGUCUCUAUGUAUGACUUUGUCAUGAUUCUCGUCUUCUACAUUGUCUACAUCUUCAGAGUUUACCGAAUGCUGAGCUGCAUCAAUUGGCCACUUGCAGAGUUUCUACAUUACCUAGUAGGUUCCAUCCUGCUUUUCAUUGCUUCCAUUGUGGCAGCAGCAAAAAGCUCCAGCUCAACAGGACUUGCAGCUGGAGCGGCCUUUGGCUUCUUAGCAACCUUUCUGUGCGUCUUAAGUAUAUGGCUAUCCUACAAGGUCUCUUGUGUCACUCAGUCAACAGACGCUGUCGUGUGAGUCUUGCCAUUGCGAUUGGGGAGAUUUACAUGCUGAGAGAAGAGAUAGCAAAUGUGUAUGCAAGAUGGAACUUUGUACUGGUGAUCUUUAAGGACCUGCUUCUUGAAGGCUUUCAAAGCUUUACAAAGUGUACUGACCACAAGAGUGCUCUCUUCUGAAGCACAUCUCCUGGUCCUUUGUCCAAAUUGGAAGCAUCUCAGCAAGAUCUAUGCUGCAUCAUCUAAAUACCCGUCACCUACAGUCUGGGUUCAGAUUCUUGGGCCCCGUAAGUUAGGAUGUGCUGUACUUAAAAGCAUCCUGAUUUUAUUUUCCUUUCCUUACUUUAAACCAAGAGGGAAACCAAUCUCUUUGGAACCAAAGUGCCAGUGUCAAAAACUGCGUUGACUGGGGGUUAUGCCAUUUGCUCUCUGCACAAUGAUAGCUUUCAAACCACCU